AUGUUGAAAUAACCAUAAUUUUCAAAUAAUUAUAAUUAAGUCAACAACAUUGAACAAAUUCAUUCACAAAAAAGGCACGACUACCAGGAACAAUAAAACCCUCUUUCCAAAAAGAAAACAGAAACAAAAGAACUAUUUGAAAUUCCACCCAAAAUAAACCCAAUCCAGCUGAAGUAUCAAGGAAAAUUCUAUACACAGAGAUCCCCACAAAUAGAAAAACAAAAUGAACGAAAAAUAUUCAAUAAAACUGUUGCCGUUAGCGGCUCUACUAGUCAUGAGUUGUCUACAAUUUGUUAAUGUAACAGCACAAUCGAAUUAUGUGCAACAUGGUGAUAGUGGAAACUAUACAACAAAUGGUUUACCCGAGGAAGCCACGCUCGAUGGAAAGGUUACCAAACUAGACGAUAUUAGUCCUUUGAUAUUUUUAAAUCGUACAAAAGCAGCCCUUAAUUGUGCGGCCGGUUCUAUGCAGGUUGAUAUGAAAUUUAAUGAACCCUUUCAUGGUAUUAUACAAGCUGAUUACGAUCGUAGCAGUGCUUGUCGUGUUAAUGGUAAAGGUGCAUUAACGUACAGAUUGGAAUUGCCAUUGAAAGGAUGUGGCACUCUGCAGAAUCCAACACGUGUUUUUACCAAUAAUAUUAUUGUACGUUUUCAUGCCAAUUUGGAAAUGGAUGGUGAUGAGAUUAUAACAAUAGUAUGUCGUUAUCCCCCACCAAUACCAUCACUGCCACCUGCCUUACCAGCUCCCAUCUUAAAUCCCAUUGCUGCUGGUACUGUGGUCCAACCGCCUUUGAAGGGUAUUCAAAUCCUUAUGAUUAUUUGUGCUAUUAUGUUCUUGACUUUAUUGUUGUUGGGUUUGGCCGUUUCAUAUUAUUGCUUGCGUAGCCGUCCUAUACCAGUGGUUCGUCGUCUUCCUAUGUCAAUGGGAAGUGGUUCAGAAAUUACUAAACUCAGUGGCAGUAGUUUGGGUGGUAUUGGAGACUUUGAAGGUGUUAAAAUACCUAGAGCCCAUGCCCCCUUAAAUACGGUUCAUAGUUCGUCGGGUAGUGAGGGUGCUUUGAUACCUUCCGACUAUCCCAGCGAAUCGCAUUCGGAAAUUGAAGAAAUCGAUACGAGAUCCCUGCCUUUCAGCUCAGCUGGAAGUUUCGAAAAUCGUGCUUUUGUCCAAGAGACUUCAAGCAUUUAUAGCGAUCAUUAUGGUCAUACACAAGAGGUACAAGCUGCCAAUGCGGUGGCUACUGCCAUACCUCGUCAUCCCAUUGCCAUCAAAGAAACCUCAUCGCCGAAAUUCGAUGUUCAAGUACGUGUUAAGAAAUCACCACCCCCACCACCUUCACCACAAACUUCGGAUACCGAAAGUGUGGCUACACUACGUCCCGAUCGCAAUAAUCUCUCUACAAUUAUGGAAACUCACGAAGACCGUGAAAGUAUUGUUACAAUGGAAUCACUGCCAGAUCAAGAGGAAACUGUACACACCCAAUUUGUCUACACACCCGAUAUACACUCUGCACCCCAACAUUCUGAAAUUACAGUGCCACCACCACCACAACCUGUGUUCUCCGUCUAUACUCGUACGCAUCAUGAAGUGGUUGAUGGUCGUCCUGAAACCUGGUCUGAUUACACAGAUGGUCCUGCUUUGAGUGAAAUUACCGAUGUAACUUCUCGUGCUCCUGAUUUGCAUUCGGUGGCUGAAAUGGUUGAUACAUCACACUUUGUCGAAACGGAAUAUAUACCACCAGAACCACCAAUUGUCAUUAAGAAACCUCAGAUAACCUCUCACACUGUGGAUGAUGUUUAUUUGCGUACCAUUACUGAGAAGAAGACUAUUGAAGAUAUUGAGUCUCAUAAACGUAAGAUUACUGAAUAUAAGGCUAAAGCUAAGCCACUGCCACCACCCAUACCCGAUCCAACUUGGGAUGUUAAGAUACGCAAUUAUCCCACCGAACGUGAACAGCAACAAUGGGAGAAUUUCUCAGAUAUUUCUAGCGUUUCUGGUCUAACUUUGACUCCCAAAAUGGAAAGAUCUGAGUUGUCAUUGCCUCCCAUGAAACACACCGAACUACCACAACAGAUCUAUGAUAAUAAACAGCAAUUGACCAGCCCUCAAUUGGUGGGUAAUAUGAAACCCAUUGAAAUACCACCAGCCGAUAAGGCUGUACCCAACUGGGAUGUAUUGAUAAGAAUCUUAGAAGAACCAGAAAUGUCAGAAGCUGAUGAUGCUAGUUCUGUGCACUCAAGUGUACAUCCUUUGACACGCUAUCUUAGCUAUGAUGACAAAACCAAAUGGAAGGAAAUUAUUACCACUGAAUCCUCAUUGCGUACCAUGUUAACCGAGGCUGUGGUUAAGGAAGAUUUCGAACGUAUACGUUCGGAUACUAGAUAUGAGCGUAUAUUUGAACCUCAAGCUUGGGAUGUUAUCAUACGUAUUUUGGCUCCUCCCUCAGAUGAUGAAGGGGAUGUUGAGCUCAGAGCUCCUAAGCGCGGCAAGAAGACCCAACCUUGGGAUACACGUUCCAGACGUAGCUCUCUACCUACUCUCUAUGAAUAUGAUAGUGAUGGUGGUUCUAGUGUACGUACCAUACGCAUGGAUCCUUCAAUGCCCAUCAAUCCUAAUGCCUUUAAUACACAACGUUCCAGAAGAUCUUCACGCACUUCUUACCACACCGAUCACAAUGAUUUCCGUUCCAUGUCUGAGGUGACCGUAGACUUUGGUAGAUUAGACAAUAUGUCCAAUGCUAGUUCAUAUUAUCCCAUGCAAUAUGAUGACGAUGAUAUGUCCGAAAGACGUUCAUUCCACAGAUCUGUAAGUCAUCCUUCGUUGGCUCGAUCAAACAGUGAAUUCACCGAACACUGGGCAGCACCAGAAGAUAUGUCAUCACCAGAGGGAACUCCAACACCAAGAAGAUCACAAAAAUUGACCACCUUCCAACCACGCGGAGUGCCAGCUCCACCACCACCACCCCGUGCCGGACGUAUGGUAGCACAAACGCAAAGUGAAUAUGUUGAGACAAGACGUACUUCAUCCUACCGCACCGAUGCUGAACCUAGACCUAGAGAAUGGUAAAAUUACUUAAACUCCCAGAAGAUGUAAAAAUAUUAGAAGCGGCAGGAACCGCUAGAUAAGAAUUAAAUGAGACAAACUUCCAGCUUACAGUUCUCUUAAUGCCUCCCUAUCUCUCAUAUGGGUUUUAAAAUAAUGCUCUAGUUUUUACACUGGUCUUAAAUAAAACUUAAUUUUUCUUUACGUUCUCUUUCUCUCUCUCUCUAUCUCUUAUUUGAUUUAGUUUGCUUUUUCUUGCUUUGUUUAACAAUUUUGCUUUGCUUUUUAAUGCUACUUAUACACUGAGAGAAAUUUAGUUUUACAAAUAAUUUCUAACACAAGUGCCAAUUGACUCAAAUAAUUAAACAAAAAUAUAACAUAUAUUUAAUAAAAUAAAAUAAAUAUAUAUGUAUUUAAAACAAAUCUUUUCUUGAAUUGAUAUUUGAAGUUUAGUUUUUAAAAUUUUAUUUUAUUCAAAUUUAUAAAUAUGAGCAGUUUGUAGAUUUAAUAAAAAUUUUUAUGCGUUUUUCUAUAAUAACUUUCGAUUAGUUUAAGUUUAGCUAUUAAAACAUUUUGUAGAAAUUUUCUUUGUCAUAAUAAUUUUUCUUAGUCAAACUGGAAAAAUAUACGUCACUCAAAACUUAAGGUGAAAAUGCUGUAAUAAUUAUAUUGUACAAAAUUCGAAAUAAUUUAGCAAACUUUUUUCUAGAAGAUCUUAUUUUGACCUUAAUUUUAGAAAUUUAAAUUUAUGUGAGAAAUUUACUGACAUUUUGGUUUAAUCCGUAAAGAAUUUAAUGUUCUAAAAUUUAAUGUCUACGGGGCGUAUGAUUAAUAUUAAUUUCGAGUUAUUUGAGAAAAAUAACUAUAAUUUUGUUAAGAAUAUUGCUAUUUUUAUCAAUGAUAUGCCAUUUUAAAAAUAAGACUCCGGUUGAUAUCUGGUAUAUUUACAUCAAUUUUUAAAAUGUUUCCAUGUAUGAGAGAUAUUAUAUAGAUUACAGAACAUAUUAUUUAAACUUUUAAAAAUUAUGAGUUUUUAUUCAAAUAAUUUAAAGUUAAAUAUCUUUCAUUUACCUUAAAUUUAAGAGUGAUACCGUUUAUCAUUUGUCAGAAAAAUUAGGCUUAAACUUUUGUUUAAAUGUCCAUGAAAAUAUAUCAUUUAUUACAACCCUUAUCAUUGUCUAUUUAGACAGUUAAUCAAAACAACUGUCAUUGAACUUAUAUCUGGGAAAACAGAAAUUUACUCUUGUUAGUAACUGAUAAAAUUUCAUUUUAUUUUAUUGAUUUAAAUUUUAUACUCAACUUUUUUUGGGAAAUUUUAAAAGCAUAUGGCUUAAUUUUUUUCUGGUUUCUAAAAACAUAAAAUUGGGGCAAAAUGUGGAAAAUAUAAUUGAAAAACCUUUUUAUGUAAAUGUUGCCAAAGAUAAAAAAGUUAAUGAUGGUUUCAACAACCAUCAACAUAAUUUUUCAUUUCUUUUGUAUUUGUUUGAUGAUGAGGUAAAACUUUUGUAACCAACAAACCCACUAAUGGUAACAACAUACUAAGUAUAAAGUUUAAAGGCUAAAAACCUUGGCCAAAACAAAAAAAUGUUUCCCUUAAGCAACAGAGACACACACAUACACAUAUACACAAAUUAUGACUAAAUGUAGUUGAAAUAUAACAAACAAAAAAACAUGUAGACAGCUAACUUUAAGAAUUACAUAUGGCUGGUGAAAUAUUGAAACCAUGUAACUGACAUAUUUUUUUCUAACAAGGGAUAAUGAAUUCAAAUAAUUUAUGUUAUAUGAGAAAGAUUAUUGAUAUCUUUGUCUUAUAUUCGCAAAUAUAUGUUAGUUAUGUGAUAACAAAAUUUCAUUAUCCAAUAUAAAAACAACAUAAAAUGUUGUCUUUUUACGAUUAUAAAUGAGGGUCAGAGCUUAGAAGAAUUUGCCGUCAUUAUACGCAUUUUUAAGUCAAAUUCAUGGACAGCAUUAGUGGAAACGGAAAUGAAUGUCUUGUUCUUUAGGAACGCACCUAAGCGAAAAGUAGCACUUAAACUUGUUGAAAUGCUUUAAGUUGUAAAAAUAAAGUAACUUAAAUUAUUUAUUAUGCUAACAAAAGAAAAGAAAAAUAAAACAGCAAAAAAAAAAAAACAUAUAAUAAAUUAAAUAAAAAUGCGUGACAACAACAAUUAAGUAACAGGCGGAAAAAAAAAAGAAAUUAAGGCAUAAACAGUUGACAAUCAAACAAAUAAGGUCGGUCUACAGAAGAGAAAAGUAUUAAAUUGCGGUUAGAAAAAUUUCCAUAUUUAAACCUACUAAAGUCACAAAAAUAAUUAAAAA